AUAAGUAGGAAAAAAAGCAAGCAAAGCCUCCCACUCUGUAUUUUAUCAUCGUCAACUAACCCAACACGGGAUUUUGCGGACUUUCUCAUCACAAAGUUCCCUUCUUGUUUCUCAUUUUCUUCUGGGUUUGUCUUCAGACUUCCAUUUUCAUCUGGCAGGAAUGGCAAAGAGUUACUUCAAGCAAGAACAUGAUCUUGAGAAGAGGAGGGCUGAGGCUGCUAGGAUUAGGGAGAAAUACCCUGAUAGAAUUCCGGUGAUUGUGGAGAAGGCAGAAAGAAGUGAUAUCCCAAACAUUGAUAAGAAAAAGUACCUUGUUCCGGCUGAUCUAACUGUAGGACAAUUUGUUUAUGUCAUCCGCAAAAGGAUUAAAUUAAGUGCAGAGAAGGCAAUCUUUAUAUUCGUGGACAAUGUUCUUCCACCAACGGGGGCAAUUAUGUCUGCCAUAUAUGAAGAGAAGAAGGAUGAGGAUGGGUUUCUCUAUGUCACUUACAGCGGUGAGAACACAUUCGGUUCCCAGAUCCCAAGUUAGCCCUUGAUUAUUUGGAUACCAACAACCCAUCUUUCUUCCAGUGCCGUCUCCAUCUCCUGUUCUGAUGCUUCAGUUAUUAACUUGUUAUGCCUACUUCAUAAACACCUGUUUAUUAAAUGGUGAAAAAUUGUAUAGUUGCAUACUGUAAAUAAUUUCUAAGUUCUCGGUUUAACUCAUUGCUUGUUUGCUAUUCGUAAUUAUCAAUGAAGAUCUCUGUUUUAGUUCCA